AUGACUUCGAUUCGAGAAGUUCUAGAUUCAAAGAAAUAUGUACCGCCGGCAAAGCUGAAAGCACUACUGGCCGAGUCCAAUGUGCCGUACGCAUCUGAGGAGUACCAACGAUUGCAAUGGGAAAAACUAAAGAAACAGAUAAAUGGAGAAAUUAAUAAAGUGAACACAGAAAACAUCAAGGACGUUGUAUUGGAGCUUUUCAAGCUCAACCUUAUCCGGGGCAAAGGUUGGCUUGUUCGGUGCAUAAUGAAAUCUCAGGUCUUGUCACAGGCCUACACGGCUGUCUAUGCUUCUCUGAUCUGUGUCCUAAACUCUAAAAUACCAGAGCUUGGAAAACUUCUAGUCUCGAGGUUGAUUUUGCAGUUCAGAAGAGCUUACAAGAACAAUGAUCGAGAAAUUUGUAAAGCAUCUGUGAUCUUCUUGUCCCAACUGGUUAAUUUUCAGGUUUGUCACGAUAUCGUUGCGUUGCAGCUUUUAUUUUUAUUGUUAGAGCAUCCGACGGAUACUACAGUGGAGAUCGCGUGUGCUCUGUUGCAAAAUUGCGGACAAUUUCUAUCAGAAAACUCUUCCGUUGCACUUAAUGCUGUCUUUGAGCGUCUCGGUACCAUACUGACCGAGGAUCUGGUUUCUAGGAGAAUUCAGCUGCUCAUACAGGAGGCCUUCAAACAGAGGAAAAACAACUACAACGGAGCUCCUGUGAUUGUGGAGGAGCUUGAUCUAGUAGAGGAUGACGAUAAGGUGACCCAUACGAUGAAUCUUGACGAUAAGCUGAAAGCACAUGAGAUACUGAAUACCUUCCAGUUCGACCAGGAAUAUGGAAAGCACGAAAAGGAGUAUGAUGAAUUACGAAGGCAGAUUCUGGGUCUCGAGGACGAUAGUUCACGAAAUGAAAGUGAGGAUGAAAGUGAAGACGACGAGACAGAUUAUGUGGCCCAAGAGCAAAUCCGAGACCUCACAGAGUCGGAACUUACCAAUUUUCAAAAAACCGUUUACUUGACUAUGAUGUCCAGUAUCAACCAUGAGGAAGCUGUCCAUAAGUUGCUAAAGCUGCAACCCGUUGAUCCUGAACGAAAGGAGCAAAUGCUAGUAGACAUGAUAGUGAAGUGUUGUGCGCAGGAGAAAACGUACUCCAAAUAUUACGCCCUGGUUGGCGAAAAACUGAUCUCUGUGAAUCGCAAAUGGAUGAAGGCUUUCGACGAGGUUUUUGUCGAGAACUACACAAACUGCCAUCAAUAUGAACUGUCUCUGAUACGAAAUAUAGGUUCGUUCUGGGGACACAUGUUUGCCUCGGACAAAAUGGGCUGGGAGGUAUUGCAAAUUGUGCAACUGACAGAGGAGGACACCAACAGUGCAAGUAGGAUUUUUCUCAAGUUCGUGUUUGUGAAGAUGCAGGAUGAACUCGGUCUGAAGAAGCUAAAAGUCCGUCUUUCGGAGGAUUAUAUACAGCCAUACAUCAGUGGCAUUUUCCCGACUUCAGGAGCCGACAGGUUGCGGUUUUCCAUCAAUUACUUUACUGCAAUUGGUCUAGGUGCGCUCACAGAAGACAUGAGAGAACUUCUCAACAAUCUGCCAGAGAAUGAAGAGAACGGCGUUGAAGAGGAGAAUGAACGUAAGAGAAGUGCGUCUCCUGAUCACUGA